AUGGCAUCAAGAAAGAAGGUUUUAUUAAAAGUGAUUAUUUUGGGCGAUUCUGGCGUUGGAAAGACAUCGCUGAUGAACCAGUAUGUCAAUAAGAGAUUCUCUUCACAAUAUAAGGCUACGAUCGGAGCUGAUUUCUUGACGAAAGAAGUGCUCGUUGACGAUCGAAUGGUCACUCUUCAGAUUUGGGACACUGCCGGACAAGAAAGAUUCCAGUCGCUCGGUGUAGCAUUCUACCGUGGAGCAGACUGCUGCGUCCUGGUUUACGACACGACCGCUCCAAACACUUUCAAAUCCCUCGAGUCUUGGAGAGACGAGUUCCUUAUUCAGGCCUCUCCUCGCGACCCAGACAACUUCCCGUUCGUCGUUAUUGGAAACAAAAUCGAUCUUGAAAAUCGAGCCGUCACUCCGAAACGAGCACAAGCUUGGUGUGCUGCCAAAAACGAUUUGCCGCAUUUCGAGUGCUCCGCCAAAGAAGCCACGAAAGUCGACGAAGCAUUCGUGACGAUCGCCCGGGCCGCUCUGCAACAAGAAGCGGACACAGAACUUUACAAAGAAGUGCCCGAGCGCGUAGAUCUCCGACGAAACGACGCUGCGAGGAGCAACUCUGGCGAUUGCGCAUGCUAA